ACACGCGCUUACACGCGCCCCACGCGCCAGCUCCGUUUCGCGAACUGCCACGUCAGCCCUAGUGUGACGUCACCCUGCUACGUCAGCACACGUCAGCCGUUGACUGGACCAGACUUGACCGUUGACUUUGACCGUUGACCGUUGACCAAGUCAAAAUUUUUCAACAGGACCUGUCUUGCUCAGUUUUUCGCGUAGAUUCUGAUUUUGGACUCCGUUUCUGCAUUUGAGGUAUCUAAAUAUCACUUUUUGGUCAUUUUCUUCAUUAUGGCUCAACAAAGUGAACGAGAUAUCAUACGUCCUAUCACCAUCAUGUUGGAUGGUCCUACUAGCUAUCAUGCAUGGUCUCAGAAUAUGACCGUCUUUCUCAAGGGUCGUAAACUGUGGAGAUAUGUGACUGGUUCAAUUCCUAAGCCAGUACCAAACCCUAAGUCCAAAGCCACAGCUGCUGAAGAGUCUUCCAAGACUGCUGUUACAACAGAUGAUUAUGAAGAACGUCUAGAAGAAUGGGAGAGUAUUCAGAGUAAGAUCUUAUCUUGGUUUAUCAAUACCUCUAUUCCCUCCAUUCAUAAUCUUCUUCCUCGUCUUGAAACUGCUGAGGCUGCUUGGAAAUUUUUGGUCGAUCGUUAUAACUGCACUAAUGAUUCAAGCUUGGAGUUUCACAUUGAAUCAAAGCUUUAUCAAAUGCGCCAAGAGACAGGUCAGUCUAUUUCUGAUUUUUAUUCUCAGACUUCUACUAUGUGGGAACAACUCUCUGCUGCAGAUCCUCCACUGGUGUGUUCUAAGGACAUUGAGCUCUUUGUCAAAUAUCGGGAUCGCCGUAGAUUUAUGCACUUCAUGAUGGGUUUACGUGAGGAUUUUGAGCCUACUAGGGCUUCUCUACUUAGCCGGUCUCCUACUCCUUCUCUUGAUGCUGCAGUAAAGGAGCUCAUUUCUGAGGAGAAUCGUCGGCCCACUUAUCACAUGACAUCAUCUGAUCAUGUCUUGGCUACACCCUCACCACAGCCUCCUAUUGUUGCAUUCACUGCUCCUCCGCGAAUAAACUCCGGGCGUCCCACCUCUCAGUCUUCCAAAGGUGCUCACUGCAAGUUUUGCCGUGCCAAAGGCCAUGACAUCUCUGUUUGUCGUAAGCUACAGAAAUUUGUGCAAGAACAGAAUAAAGCUUCUCUUCCUCAGGCAGCUGCUGUAUGUCCUUCAGAUCCAUCGGUUCCUACAGGUCCAUCUUUGGCUUCCUCACUUACUACGGCUGAUAUUGAGGCAGUUGUUCAACAGGUUUUAUCCCGCACUUCCACUGCCCUUUCUGUCACCUCAGGAUCCCCGGACGGGUCAAGUGCUUGGGACAGGCCGUAAGGUUGGUCGCAUGUUUAAGGUUCAUGACUUGAAGAUUCCUUCACAAGUUGUUUCUGCAGCUGCUACCACUGCCACCUCCUCACCUGAUCUAUGGCAUGCUCGUCUUGGUCAUCCAUCCUUAUCUCGUCUUCAAUUGUUAGCUUCUCAAGGUCAUUUAGGUUCAGUUCAGUUUUCAAAAUUUGAUUGUACUUCCUGUCAUUUUGGUAAACAAACUAAAUUGCCAUUUAAUAAAAGUGACUCCUUUUCUUC